GUAAGAAUCUCGGUAACAUCGAAAGCUACGGUAUCCUUCUUAAAUCUCAUCACGAUCGAACCAAACACAAAAACAAUAAUGGAGGAGGGCUUCAGCACGAACAAACAAAAAAUUAUGGCGGAAAAGAUGAACAAGGUGGAGGAUUUUGUCAAGAAAAUAACGGCAUGGGAUCACUGGACGCAUUGGGUAGGUUCAAUUGCGAUAUCUGUUUGUGUUUGCAUCGGACCACCUCUUCUGGUAUAUUACGGUGGGGGAUUGAAUCACUACCAAAUUAUUAACACCAAAGGAUACAUUAAUCCCCGAUUUCAAACACUGAACAACAUAUUCUACACUUUUUUGGGACAUGGAAUCUCAGUUGGUGCUGCGCUGGUGAUUUUGUGGAUUGCUAACCUCGUGUUCCUUAUAGAGAUGCGGCUACACCGAAACCCGACGCCCCUGGCGAUCCCGACGGUCGACGGAACUGGCGGGACCAAUGUCGUCAAGAAACUUAAUCCAUCACGCGAAUUGGCCUUAUUGUGCUUCUUUGGGAUCUUCUUAGGUUGUGUUGCUAUAUCUCCAGCUCUUUGGAUAUAUUACAGUGAUGGUAUGGGGCAUACACUUGAAAAGAUUCAUCGUCACGAGUUCAUUAGUCCGGAAGAUAUGCGUAAUUUUCAAGGGGCGAAUAGUAGGUUUUAUUACUCCGUGGGAUUCGGGAUCUUCGGGGUGACGUUGAUGGUUUGUGUUGAGGGGGUGAUUAUUUACAUCCUUCGCGGCGUUUGGCAUGAAGAAGAAAUAAGUCAUCUUCCCAAGGGCGUUCCGACUCAGAGUUCAAAAUCAUCCACAGGCUCGCAGGGUACGUUUGUCAUAGACAUAAUGGAGGUCAAUUAAUUAGUUGGAAAAAAGUCUCUAUUUUGCAUGAACGUACUACAAGAUGACAUAGCUCAUGUAAUUCUUUCUUCAGUUAGUUCUUUGAGUGUUUGGGUUUUUUCUUCAUGUAAACUUAAUAUGGUCCUUAC